AGCCGAUCGCCCACUCAUCCAAUGUUGAAUAUUUACAACACCGCAGCUCCCCUAAAAAAGUCGACAAGUCUUUUCCAAAACAAAAUCAGGAAACGUCGGAAAACCAUAUUUCGAAAACUCGAGGAGCUACGAUUGUGCGGAGCUCGUAUUUAUAUUGUAAUAGAACAGAACAACAAAUAUUUUACAUACGAUUCUGAGAAAACAGAAUCUUGGCCGCCAUCUUCGAAAAUGCUAGAGAAGAACUAUCCCUUGCCAAAGGAAUAUGGACCUGUAACAGCCUCACUGUCACAGUCAGGCAUGGCAAAGUAGGCGGACAAUCAGGGAACAGGGUAUUGCCAUCUAGGUAAACUAGGAUGGCGGCAGGUGCCAAUUCAAACGCAGCUCAAAUUAUAUAACGGAGGUUAAAGGCGGUGGCGCGUUGCUCGGAUCGUCACGUCGUUCGUAAGGAACGCGAUUAAGGUUUGACCGAUGGCGUUUAGUGGAUUAAACGCAGCAUAAUUAGAUUUUAUAUACACGUUAAUUGCAUUUUAUGGCAGUUUGUGC